UAUCCGAUUGAAACCAAACCACCACAAAGGAUUCAGCUCCAUUCUGUUAUCAAAGUGCCCUAGCCAUCUAUUAUCCUACUGUAGCUGUAUUCACAGUAAUGCAUCAUAACUAUGUCUACGGUCUCUAAGCUUGUCUUGGGAUUAUCGGUAGUGCUCACUAUCAGCACCGUUGCAGGCGUUCAUCUCAAGCAGAACUGGGACAGACGGAGGCUGCACGACGGAGUGCUGCGCGACCUGGAGCGCGUGGAGCGGAAGCGCGAGAACCUGCGCGUGCUCGAGGAACAGAUACUACUGACAAGAGAGCUCGUGGCCGCGCGAGACCGACAAGAGGCUGACACGCCGGGGACACACAGUUCAUAAAACGACUGGU